GGCUCACCAACUGUCCACUGCAAGAAGUCGAAUCUCUGGCAAUUCGUGGGUGGGCUCCUACACUUGAGUCAUGAUGCUUUUCCUUCACUCGCGGCCGCGGAACGGGACGAAGUGGUUCUCUUCUACUUCAAACGGGCUUGGGCUCCAAAGAUGUAUGCUAUUUCCACCGUAUCCAGCCCCGGGGACCUAAAAGAGGCCAUCCUUCGCGCUUCGCGCAUGUUGCAGCCUGACCCCUCACAGCCGGACGGACCAACACCAAGGGAAGCGUGGCAGUCUCACUCCAGUCAGUGA